CAGCGCGGGGCGCAGCUCCUCCAGGCCCGCCGGCUGCCGGGGCCCGCCCACGCCGCCGCGGGGAGCCGGGGCCCGGGGCCCGCCCCAGCCGCCGCCGCAGCCCGGGAGCUGGGCUGCCGGCCCCGCGCCUGAGCCGCGGGCAGCGGGCGGGGCGCUGUGUGCAGCCGCGCGCAAGGAGGCGGCGGGCGUGUCAGGGCGGCCCGCACCCAGGGCUCCGUGUGUGCGUGCGCGCGUGUGUGCUUGUGUUUGCGCGUGUGUUUCCUUCUUCCCUCGAGGAUGUGAGAAUGGCUGCGCAGCUGGCUGCUCCCUUAGGAUUCCUGACUUUGUGGAGCUCUGGGCUGUGAGCAUAACCCACUCGUAUAAUCCAUUUUGCACGGUCGGUUUAUAUCCGGAGAAAAAAGCGCAACUGGACGGGGGUGGGGCAGACCAACGAAACCUUCUGGAAAUACACGCGCACACACACACAGGAGAGAGGAAGAAUGAAAGAACUGGGAAGAUUUUCAUAACCUUCCUGCUGGCCCUGCCGUUUUCCGGAGAGAUUCUGGAUCUUUUCUACCUUUUGGAGUCAUCUUGGCAUCUAUUUUUCGUAAGCCGGUCUUCAGCUAGCUGCGUGUGUGUGCGUGUGUGCGCGCGCGCCUAUCUGAUGCAUUUGACUGUCUUUUAUCCAACUGCCCAGAAGCAAAUGUGUUAACUCGGCGGUGCCCCUUGAUGCCCGGGUUCGCGCCUCGAGCACAGAGGACGCCCAGACCCAUUUUCCCGGCUGGAUUCGGAGCGGCUGCCGGGCUGUGGACCCAUGUGUCUGGAUCGCUUUACCCAGAGGUUUGGGAAGCGCCAGUAUUAACCUGCUUCCAGGUACAUCACAAGGUCACCAGAGGGUCUUGCAGCCGUCUUGUUUCCUUGCAUCUAGACCUUCCUGGCUUGGCCAGAAGGAUAUUUACGUUUCGGUCCACAUCAUUUGAAGGCAAAAGUUCAGCCCUUGGAACUGGUUUCUGUACAAACAAGGUAACAAGGAUUGCUUUUCAAACUGCUUAACAAAAUCCCCGACUCUUCUUCAGCCCUUUCCCGGCUCUCUCCUCCCCACCAAAAUGUCACCAGCUCUUGAAUUACGUGGAUUUGGGUUGGAGGAGAACUUGAAGGAAACGUGAUCAAACGGCUAUGCCAGACCACUCUCUUUGCUGCCCGUGGUCCGGUAGGCAUCGAAGCCGAUCGUGAAAAGGACCAGUCCCCGCCUUGCUUCUCCCUCCCCGUGCUGUGCUGGCCGUGCAUGUGCAAGUGUGAAUGCCAGUGCGCGCGCGCCUGGGUGCGAGUGUGUGCGUGUGUUUGAGUGUGUGUCUGUGUGUGCGUGCGCGGCCGCCCUGCCUCUGCCCGCUCCCCGGGCGCAGAAACGCGGGUUUCAUGGGGCGAUCGCCGCGGAUCCCCCACCCGGCGCAACCUGCGGGCAGCGGCGGCAGUGGCAGGAGCCGCCUCGCGGACUCCCUAGGAUGCGGGUGCUGAGCUAUGGCAGAGGGCAGCGAAGUGACGAGAGGGACCCGCGGACGACUGUGAAAGCCACCUGGAGCCACCUUGCCGGGAUUGUACCUGCGGGCAGAAAGUCCUCCUACGACCGUCUUUUCCUCUAGAGGCACCAGAGUCCCCGUAACCAUUCUGCCAGGUGUCGGGAAGAUACGUAGUAGCAGAGCCCCCUUCCUUCUGACACCAUUCUCAGAACCAGCUUUGGAGAUGCUUUCACCCUGUCCGUCUUCUGCAGCAGCCGGGCCGAGUGCUGACUCCUUCACAGCCGUGAGGAACUCUUCAGGCUCCAGAAGCUCUUAAAUCUGAUCUACAAUGGAAAAAUUUCUUUUUUAUCUGUUUUUCAUUGGCAUAGCAGUGAGAGCUCAGAUCUGUCCAAAGCGUUGUGUCUGUCAGAUUUUGUCUCCUAAUCUUGCAACCCUUUGUGCCAAGAAAGGGCUUUUGUUUGUUCCACCCAACAUUGACAGAAGAACUGUGGAACUGCGGUUGGCAGACAAUUUUGUUACAAAUAUUAAAAGGAAAGAUUUUGCCAAUAUGACCAGCUUGGUGGACCUGACUCUAUCCAGGAAUACGAUAAGUUUUAUUACACCUCAUGCUUUUGCUGACUUACGAAAUUUGAGGGCAUUGCAUUUGAAUAGCAACAGAUUGACUAAAAUUACAAAUGAUAUGUUCAGUGGGCUUUCCAAUCUGCAUCAUUUGAUAUUGAACAACAAUCAGCUGACGUUAAUUUCUUCUACAGCAUUUGAUGAUGUCUUUGCCCUUGAGGAGCUGGAUCUGUCCUAUAACAAUUUAGAAACAAUUCCUUGGGAUGCCGUUGAGAAGAUGGUUAGCUUGCACACCCUUAGUUUGGAUCACAAUAUGAUUGAUAACAUUCCUAAGGGGACUUUCUCCCAUUUGCACAAGAUGACUCGGCUAGAUGUAACAUCAAAUAAGUUGCAGAAGCUACCACCUGACCCUCUCUUUCAGCGAGCUCAGGUAUUAGCAACCUCAGGAAUCAUAAGCCCAUCUACUUUUGCAUUAAGUUUUGGUGGAAACCCUUUGCAUUGCAAUUGUGAAUUGUUGUGGUUGAGACGUCUGUCCAGAGAAGAUGACCUGGAGACCUGUGCUUCUCCAGCACUUUUAACUGGCCGCUAUUUUUGGUCGAUUCCUGAGGAAGAGUUUUUGUGUGAGCCUCCUCUCAUUACUCGUCAUACACAUGAGAUGAGAGUCCUGGAGGGUCAAAGGGCAACACUGAGGUGCAAAGCCAGGGGAGACCCUGAACCUGCAAUUCACUGGAUUUCUCCUGAAGGGAAGCUUAUUUCAAAUGCAACAAGAUCUCUGGUGUAUGAUAAUGGAACACUUGACAUUCUUAUAACAACUGUAAAGGAUACAGGUGCUUUUACCUGCAUUGCUUCCAAUCCUGCUGGGGAAGCAACUCAAACAGUGGAUCUUCAUAUAAUUAAGCUCCCUCACUUACUAAACAGUACAAACCACAUCCAUGAGCCUGAUCCUGGUUCUUCUGAUAUCUCAACUUCUACUAAGUCAGGUUCUAAUGCAAGCAGUAGUAAUGGUGAUACUAAAAUGAGUCAAGAUAAAAUUGUGGUGGCAGAAGCAACAUCGUCCACGGCACUACUUAAAUUUAAUUUUCAAAGAAACAUCCCUGGAAUACGUAUGUUUCAAAUCCAGUACAAUGGUACUUAUGAUGACACUCUUGUUUACAGAAUGAUACCUCCUACGAGCAAAACUUUUCUUGUCAAUAACCUGGCUGCUGGAACUAUGUAUGACUUGUGUGUCUUGGCAAUCUAUGAUGAUGGCAUCACUUCCCUCACUGCCACAAGAGUCGUGGGUUGCAUCCAGUUUACUACGGAACAGGAUUAUGUGCGAUGCCAUUUCAUGCAGUCCCAGUUUCUGGGAGGCACCAUGAUUAUUAUUAUUGGUGGAAUAAUUGUAGCAUCCGUACUGGUUUUCAUCAUCAUUCUAAUGAUCCGGUAUAAGGUUUGUAACAAUAAUGGGCAACACAAGGUCACCAAGUUCAGCAACGUCUACUCUCAAACUAACGGGGCUCAAAUGCAAGGCUGCAGUGUCACGCUGCCCCAGUCCAUGUCCAAACAAGUGGUGGGACCUGAAGAGAAUGCCCAGUGCUGUAAAGUUGCCAAUGACAAUGUGAUCCAAUCCACAGAAACUUGUUCCGGUCAGGACUCCUCUACCACUACCUCUGCUUUGCCUCCUCCCUGGACUUCAAGCACUUCUGUGUCCCAAAAGCAGAAAAGAAAGACUGGCAUGAAGCCAAGUACCGAACCACAGAGUGAAGCUGUCACAACUGUUGAGUCCCAAAACACGAACAGGAACAACUCAACUGCAUUGCAGUUAGCUAGUCGACCUCCUGAUUCUGUCACAGAGGGGCCCUCAUCUAAAAGAGCACAUUCAAAGCCAAAUGCUUUGCCGACUAAUGUUGACCAGAGUGUCCAGGAAACACAGAGGCUGGAGUAAAUCUGAAGAGCACCACUUCUCUCUCUCCUGAAAAAAGUUGCCACUGAUAUUUUUACUGGAUAAAAUUCAAAAGUGUUUCAAUUCACAAAGGCUAUUUGUUGGACUGGUAUCCCAGAAGAAGCUGUCCACAGGAGCCGAAGCAGAAGUCUCUGAUGCCGGUGGAACUGGCUCCAUCAGAACUUGGUUCAUCCCCUUUUAAAACCAAAUUUUUUUUUCUUCUGGCCUACAAGUAUUUUUUUUAAAGAAGGAAAGAAAAAAGCCUACAUCGGCAUCGAGUUCUGUAUCAAUCCAUGUUACCUUGCCAUCCAUGAUUUAAGACUGUAGAAUCUUGAAUAAUCUAUAUCACUUUAACAAAUAAAUGUUUUACUAUG